AGAUCCUCAAGAAUCCAAAUACCAACAGCAGAACAUCCCACAGUUAACAUUUCAAGUGGAGAUUUUCAGAACAUGAUGCCCCAGCGCCACGGCAGAGGCAUCGCAUCAAGCAGAAAGAAUCCAACUUCUCUAUAUAACCAUAAGCUAACUCCUAUUAAACUAACCCAUUUAAGCAGCAGGGCAAGAGGUGUCCAUUACGGAAUUGAAAUAAAAGGAGUUUACAUACAAAAUAAUGACAUUGGCAACAUCUCAGAUCAGAAGAACAUGCAGGAGAUAUAAACCACAUUUUCUUAUGGCUCUCGUACAGAUAGGCUACACAAUUCUAUAUUUCAUUACUGAAGCUGCAUUCAAUCAUGGAUUGAACCCCCAUGUUUUCAUUACGUACCGACAUUUCGUCGGUGGACUAGCCACGUUGCCUUUUGCCUAUUUCCUUGAAAGGAAAUUGAGACCAAAGCUUACAUGGGCAUUGUUCCUAGAGAUAUUUGUUCUUUCACUUCUAGGGAUCAGCCUAACUCUUAAUAUGUACUUCACAAGCUUAAGAUAUACAUCUCCAACUUUUGUUUCCUCUAUGGUCAAUACCAUUGCUUCAAUGACAUUUGUGACUGCCAUUUGCCUUAGAUUGGAGCAUCUUGAUGCAAAAAGUCCUCGCGGGAUAGCGAAGAUUGUAGGAACCGUAGUUUCCUUGGCUGGUGUUACAACCAUGACACUGUACAAAGGGCACGCAAUAAGAAACUUAUGGGGGGCACUAAUCCAUUUACAGGGAAGCAGUGCUGUUCAUAAGAGUUGGUUGAAGGGAUCCAUUCUAACAGUAGCAAGCUGCAUCACAUGGUCCAUAUGGUAUAUCAUGCAGGCAUUCACAUUAAAAAGAUACCCAGCACAACUUUCACUCACCACAUGGAUGAGCUUCGUCGGAGGAGCACAAUCAGCAGUGUUCACUGCAUUUGUCGAGCAGAAGACAUCAGCAUGGAUUAUUGGAUUUGACAUCAAAUUUUGGAGCAUCAUAUACUCCGGAGUGGUAUGUUCUGGGUUGAUAAUCUUUAUCCAAUUGUGGUGCACCGAGGAAAAAGGACCAGUUUUUGUGACUAUGUUCAAUCCCCUUUCAACAAUAAUGGUGGCACUUUUAGCUUACUUCGUUUUCGGAGAAAGAUUGUACAUGGGAAGCAUUAUGGGAGGGGUUAUAGUCAUUGUUGGCCUCUACUUGGUUCUAUGGGGCAAAGAAAGAGAUAAAGAAUGCAGAGAACAAGCAGAAAAACAACCAGAUUCAACCUACGAUAAACAAAACGGAGCACGUGAAGUUUCAGCUACAAAUAAUGGUGAGAAAGAUGAGAUGAAGGAAUUUUAUGCUGUCUAAUGCCCCAGUGACCCAUAAUUGCAAUUCAUCUCUAUUUUAUUAACCAUGAAAUUCAACUAUAGCACAUGUAGUUUUGCUACAAAUUCUUGCACAUGUGCUUAUUUUCUGCUUCUCCACCCUCACCUUCUCACUUUCUAUUGAUGCAUGACAAGCAAUUGCUUUCUAUUGUAAUCAUCCAUUGUUUCUUAUGCAACUGAUUAUCUUGUGGUGGUUCUUCAAGUGCUAAAAUCUUAUUGAGGACAAAGGAUUGAGUUACAAGAGAAGGAUAGGUGAUCUACAAGAACAAUAAAAACAAGAGCAGUGAAUACAUGGAAGUAAAUCAUUUGUAAUCAUUUGCAUUAGUAAAGUAACAGUAAGUUGAUGUUA